AUGACGAGCUCUACGGAACCAAGGCCAGAGGCUCCUCAGCCUACUGCUGAUAUAGAGAAGCAGCAAACUCUACAUCAAGAACAUUCCCACAUCAUGGAUGAGAAGCCAGUUGCUACGGCGGUUGACUACUCCGGAGCCGCAGCUAAGACUGAUCCGGAGGAGAUCAAGCUUGUGAGGAAACUAGACCUAUGGAUUAUGCCAACGCUUUGGUUAAUGUACUGGCUGAACUAUCUUGACCGCAACGCAAUCGCCCUUGCGCGGCUCAAUGGUCUUGAGAAGCAACUCGGCCUCACCAGCGUGCAGUACUCCACCUGCGUUUCUAUUCUCUUUGUCGGAUACAUCCUUGGGCAGAUUCCCAGCAAUAUGAUCCUUACGCGGGUGCGCCCAUCUUGGUACAUGGGCGGCUUUAUGAUGGCCUGGGCUGUUGUCAGUGCUUUAACGGCUAUUGUCAAGGACUACACAGGCCUCGUACUUACUCGGUUCUUUCUUGGUGUUGUUGAGGCCCCGUAUUACCCCGGAGCACUCUACAUUCUGUCGAUAUUCUACACAAGAAAGGAACUUGCGACGCGGAUUAGCGUUUUGUAUUCCGGCAACAUCUUAGCUACGGCAUUCGCAGGCUUGAUUGCUGCUGGCGUGUUUAACGGGAUGGAGGGCGCACGCGGCCUCGAGGGUUGGCGCUGGCUGUUCAUACUUCAAGGAGCAGUAACCUUUGCUGUUGCCAUGGUGGCUUGCUUCACUCUACCCGACGAGCCCCUUACUACACGCUGGCUCACUCCCGAACAGCGACAGCUUGCCCACGACAGAAUCGCGCGCGACACAGUCGGCAGCCGCUUACAGAGCAGCACUUGGGGUGGGCUCAAGGAAGCCUUCGCCGACCCGAAGGUGUGGGUUUUCAUCUACAUGCAGCACAUGCACCUCGCAACCAAUGGUUUCAAGAACUUCUUCCCGACCAUCGUAGAGACCCUCAAAUUCGACACCACUAUCACCCUGGUUCUGACCUGCCCUCCUUAUCUCAUCGCUGGCAUCUUGUCGAUUGCAUGGGCAUGGAGCUCUGGCAAGUACAACGAGCGGACUUGGCACAUCACUAUUUCGAAAGCCGUUGCACUGUGUGGGUUUGUUUUAGCUUGUGCUACAAUGAAUACGGGCGCACGAUACUUCGCUAUGGUGGUCUUCACUGUGGGAACAUAUGGAGUUAACAGCAUUCUGCUGGGUUGGGUGGGAAGUACAUGCGGCCAGACGAAAGAGAAGAAAGCUUCUGCAUUGGCUAUUGUUAAUACUAGUGCCAGUAUCAGCUUUAUCUGGACUCCGUAUCUGUGGCCUACCUCUGAUGCCCCAAGAUACGUCAUCCCGAUGGCUAGCAGUGCGGCGUUCUGUGUCGCAUGUGCUGCAGGUGCCUGGUUUAUGAAAUGGAUGCUUGUCAGGGAGAAUAGGAGAAUCCGGGCCAGUGAUCAAGAGGCUACGCUGUUCUACGCAUAUUAA